CUCCCUCCAUUACCACUCCACAUUUUCACGUUCUCCCACACUCUCUCUCUUUCUCUCUCUCUAUCUCUCUCUCAGACUUUCUACUAAACCUGAAAAAAUAAAUCUCAGGUGUUGUUGUCUACGAAUUCGAGCCAAAACCCUUUUUUUUUUUGCAAUCUACGACUAGAUUGAUGGGUGCUUCAGGGAAAUGGGUCAAGUCAAUUAUGGGUCUCAAGAAGCCAGAGAAAAACGAAACUGAAAAGGGUAAUAGUGGGAAAAACAAGAAAUGGAAGCUGUGGAGGAAUCCUUCAGGGGAUUGGAAGGGAAGACAUGGGUCUGAAUCGGUUUCUUACUCUGCAGCUGUUGCAACUGUUCUCAGGGCUCCUCCUAAAGAUUUCAAAGCUGUUAGACAAGAAUGGGCUGCUAUCAGAAUCCAGACUGCUUUUCGUGGUUUCUUGGCGAGAAGAGCGUUGAGGGCGUUGAAAGGGAUAGUGAGGCUACAAGCGUUAGUGAGAGGGAGGCAAGUGAGGAAACAAGCAGCUGUGACACUAAGGUGCAUGCAGGCUCUGGUCAGAGUUCAGGCUCGCGUGAGAGCUCGUCGCGUGAGGAUGACCGUACAGGGACAAGCUGUUCAAAAGCUUUUAGAUGAACACCGAACCAAAUCUGAUCUCUUGAAAGAAGUGGAGGAAGGUUGGUGCGACAGGAAAGGAACGGUGGAUGAUAUUAAGACAAAGCUGCAGCAGAGACAAGAAGGUGCUUUUAAGAGAGAACGCGCUUUGGCUUAUGCUCUUGCUCAAAAGCAAUGGAGGUCAACUACUGCUAGCUCAAACCUUAAGACAAACAGUUCAAUCUCGUAUCUGAAAAGUCAAGAGUUUGAUAAGAAUAGUUGGGGGUGGAGUUGGUUGGAGCGUUGGAUGGCUGCUAGGCCAUGGGAGACUCGACUUAUGGACAACAACACCACCACCACCACGCCUCCUCCUCCUCCUAAACAUUUGAAGUCAUCACCUGAGGUUGUUGAAGUUCGAAGAAACAAUGUGACAACUCGUGUAUCUGCAAAACCUCCUCCUGGUUAUGACUUUAAUGUUAGUCCUGGUUCAUCGUCUCUCUGCACUUCAACCACACCUGCUUCUGGAACCACCGGCCUUGUUUCAGAGAAUUCUAGCAAGAACAAGCCGAGUUACAUGAGUAUGACUGAAUCGACAAAGGCUAAGCGGAGGAGUAACCAUGUUAUCAGGCAGUCCAUGGAUGAGUUUCAGUUUAUGAACAGCUCUGGAUUGUUUGCCCGCGGGGACUUGAAGAGCAGCAGCAGCCCUGUCUCGGAUCCUUCCUAUGUUACUAAUUUCUCCAAACCUUUUGGUGUUUCGACACGAAGAGGUUAAAUUGAGGGCAAUUGUUUGAGGGAAAGUUUCAACAGCUUGUUGUUGUCUUUAUGUUGUGAGAUAGUGUGUGUGUAUCAGUGUAUGUUAAUUCCUUCCUUCUUUCUUUCUCUUACAACUACAUUGGAGUUUUUGAUUAGCAUGAAUUUUAAAUAUAAAAUUGCUGUUU